AUGGCUUCGAGUUCCAGGAGCACCGUGUCUUCGCUUCUCUUGGUGGCGCUGCUGCUCUGCUGCAGCGGCAUGAGCAGCGCCGCGCGGUUGCUGGAAGAGGCGCCGCCCAAGGAGGAACACCCACACCCUGCCGUGCCGGAGCUGCCAAAACCCGAGCUGCCGCCGCACCCUACCGACGUCGUGCCGCCUGAGGUGCCCAAUCCCGAGUUGCCACCGCAUCCGGCUGUCCCCGAGCUGCCGAAGCCUGAGGUGCCUCACCCGGUGCCAGAGCAGCCCAAGCCCGAGCUGCCACCGCACCCGGCCGUCCCCGAGCUGCCCAAGCCUGAGGUGGCUCACCCGGUGCCGGAGCAGCCAAGCCCGAGCUGCCACCGCACCCGGCCGUCCCAGAGCUGCCCAAGCCUGAGGUGCCGCACCCAGUGCCGGAGCUGCCCAAGCCCGAAGUGA